AUAUAGACAGCUAUCAUUGUUUUGAACUAUCAGACAUUUCGUUUAGAAUUUAACAUCAACAUGAACAAUCGUUCACAUUAUUUUUGUUUCCUUUUUUUUUAUAGGGCAUGUUAAAAAAUUGUAAAAGUAAAUUAUUACGUCUAUAGAAACGCUAUAUGAUAUUAAUCGUAAUGGAAGUAGUGGAAGAAGAGAACCCAUUACAAUUUUAUGAAGUACCAAAUAAUGUUCCAAAUAAAUUAAAAAAUUGUGUUGGACGACCAAAAAAAAAAAGUGAAAUUAAAUUUAGUCCACAACCAAAGUCUAUAAUAUCAAUUUUACUAAGUAAAGAAAAAAGUAAUGCAGAGAAUCACAAAGAUUUUAAAAACGAAAUCAAAAAUGGGGAACGGAAUGAAUCAAUGAACAAAGAUUCUUCCGAACGAGCACAAAAUUACAAAAGCAUUUCUAAUGAACAAAAUAUAGAAUUUCAAAAAGAUAAGCUGUAUGAAUGUAAUUAUUGCGACUGUACAUACUCAACAAAGUUUCCAUCUAAUCUGAAAACACAUAAAAGAAUACACACCACUGAACAACGAUAUAUCUGUGAUGAAUGUACCUUUAGAUCAAAAUUUAUAAGUUCAUUAAAAACACAUAAACGUCUCCAUAAAGAUGAGAGACCUUUUGCUUGCCAAUGUUGUGAUUAUAAAUGUAAUAGUCGCUCUAAUUUAAAGAAACAUGUUACACGUAAGCAUAUAAAUAAAAAUAAUGAUAAUAAAAAACAAAUUUGAAAUGUAUGUUUUUUCUUAUAUGGGUAAAGAAAAAAGUCUAAGCUG